GUGUCCAGAUCGUCCAACUGUUUGAUCUGGGCACUGAAUGAACUCAACUUUUCAGCUUUACUUUAUUUACUGGAAACAGAUGAAGACUGAGGUUGAGGUGCCACUGGCAACUUUUGGACUGUCACAGUGGAUAUAGACGCUCAGUCCCAUUCAAUGACGUCUGCAGUGUGUUAACGUGCCUCCGAGACUGCUGUUUAUCUGCAGAGCUCAUCUGGCCCUGUUCAAGAGCUCCUGCCAAGGUCCUCAUCUAUAGAACGUACUGAAAUUAAAGAGGAGUUUUGUGAGUGAAAAUGGCACCUGCUGUCGGUGGUCCUCAAGGCUACACACCACCUGAAGGUGGCUGGGGAUGGAUGGUGGUAGCUGGGGCCUUCAUCUCUAUUGGCUUCUCCUAUGCGUUCCCCAAGUCCAUCACUGUCUUCUUCAAAGAGAUUGAGGCGAUCUUUGAUGUGACCAGCAGCCAGGUGUCCUGGAUUUCUUCCAUCAUGUUAGCAGUCAUGUACGGCGGAGGUCCUAUCAGCAGCAUCCUGGUUAAUAAAUAUGGGAGUCGUCCUGUUAUGAUGGCGGGAGGAUGUCUGUCUGGAUUGGGCCUUAUUGCUGCCUCUUUCUGCAACUCUGUUCAAGCACUAUACUUUUGUAUUGGUGUGGUGGGAGGUUUGGGAUUGGCCUUCAACCUCAACCCUGCCCUCACUAUGAUUGGAAAGUACUUCUACAAGAGGCGGCCUAUUGCCAAUGGGAUUGCCAUGGCUGGCAGCCCUGUCUUUCUCUCCACCAUGGCUCCUAUAAACACCUGGCUGUUUGACAAGUUUGGCUGGAGAGGAAGUUUCCUCAUCCUGGGUGGCCUCCUCUUCAACUGCUGUGUUGCCGGUUCCCUCAUGCGGCCUAUAGGACCAAAACCCAAACCUGCAGAGAAGACCACAGAGAGGAGGACUGUAUCACAGACCAUUAACAGCUUUAUCGACCUCUCUUUGUUCAAGCACCGUGGUUUUUUGCUCUAUAUUAUGGGCAAUAUUAUCAUGUUUUUUGGUCUCUUUGCACCACUGGUGUUCCUCAGUAAUUAUGCAAAGAGUAAAGACAUCCCUAAAGAGAAAGCAGCUUUCCUACUGUCUGUGCUGGCUUUUGUUGACAUGGUUGCCCGGCCCUCAAUGGGCAUUGUGGCUAACACCAAGUGGGUCCGGCCCAGAAUACAGUACUUCUUUGCUGCCUCUGUGCUGUACAACGGUGUUUGCCACGUUCUAGCACCAAUAUCGGUAGACUACAAAGGCUUUGUGAUUUAUGCCAUCUUCUUUGGGUUUGCUUUUGGCUGGCUGAGCUCAGUGCUGUUUGAGACUUUGAUGGACCUGGUGGGAACUCAGCGCUUCUCCAGUGCUGUUGGGCUGGUCACUAUUGUGGAGUGUGGUCCUGUGUUGCUGGGGCCCCCUUUGCUUGGGAAGUUCAAAGACAUCUAUCAUGACUACAAGUACACAUACCAGGGCUGUGGGAUCCUCCUCAUCGUCUCCAGUGUCUUCCUGUUUGCAGGGAUGGGACUCAACUAUCGACUGCUGGACAAAGAGAAAAAAGAAGAGGAGAGGAAGGCCAGGGUGGGUGGUAGAGAACAAAAGUUCAGCAGGGGCAGUGCUGCAAAGGAGGUGGCAGAAGCUGGGAACACAGAAGACACUGUCUAAUAUUCUGUACUAUGUUAAAGGUCCAGUGUGUAGGAUUCAGUGGCAUCUAGCUGUGUAGUUGCAGAUUACAACCCCCUCGUCUCGCCCUAGAAACUACAGUGGCCACAAAACUCGUGAAAACUUUGAAAGGCCCUGCUCUAUCUAGAGCAAGUGUUGUUUGUCCAUUCUGGGCUACUGUAGAAACAUGGCGGACUCUAUAGAAGAGGACCUGCUUGCUACCUUUGUUGAUAAAAAUGUCUCAUUCUAAGGUAAUGAAAACACAAUGAUCCUUACUUUCAGGUGAUUUUACACAAAUGGAAACAUAUCUACAGAUAUUAUAUUCUAUUUCUGCCAGUAGAUGCUCCUAAAUGUUACACACUAGACCUUUAAGUUACAUUUUUGUUUAUUUCUGAGGUGCAUAUAUAUAAAAAAUAGGACAGCAGAUAAACAUUCUUAUUAUUAAAAACAAAAUGUUUAAUAAUGUAUGUUUUUGAAGACCACCACAAAAAUCCUAGCCUCAUAACAUCACUUGCAACUUGAUGUAAAACUUUUACACAUCUAUUAAAUCCCUUUAAACUCUAAUGAAACAAUCCACAUAAAAUACCUCUAAUAAACUUAUAGGGACUCUUAUAUGUGUUUGUUUAGUAUUUUAUGUCGCUUAUAUUGUUAGGAUAUUGUGUUUUAAAUCUCAGAUUGUAUCACAAUAACCUCUCUGUAACUUUCUCUGCAGCACAUCAUUUAUAGUAUUUUAACCUUCUAAAAUGUACCAUCAGAUAAUUAAAGUUAUUUUUCAGUAGAGAACAAGUCCGUAAACAUUCUCUGUGAAAGUGUGUAACUAAUAAACACAUUUCUAAAGACAUUUUCCUGUUUACAAGGACCUGAUAGCACUGUGCAGUUUUGGAAGGUUUUAAAACAUCUUUGGUGCCACUAUUGUAUAUUCCACAAAUAUAUUCAUACUAAUUCUAGAUUUCUGUUUUAAACAUGUUUUUAUCGUUCAUUUUUUGAUGACGGAUGAUGGAAAUUAUCAUUAAACCUCGUCAUAGCUUUGUGUAUUCACAUGAUAAGAAAACGUGCCACUGACUGCAAGUUACUGUAUAUUGAACACAUGCCAGAAAAUCUAAUAAACUGUCAUUUAGCAAGAA